AUGGGCGUGUCUGCCCUGCUGACCGCCACCGGUCUCCCUCUCGUCUCUGGCCACUACGUCUUCUCGAAGCUUAUCGUCGACGGCAAGAAGACCAACGACUUUGAGUACAUCCGUCGCAAUAGCAAUGGAUACGAGCCUACCCUUGCGGGCGAGAUCCUCGGCGAUGACUUCCGUUGCAACAAGGACUCCAUGGCUGCUGCAGGCAGCACUGGCGUCUACAAGGUUCAGCCUGGUGCUGAGCUUGGCUUUGAGCUGGCUUUCGGCGCCACCAUGAAACACCCCGGCCCCCUCCAGAUCUACAUGUCCAAAGCCCCCGGCGACGUCAAGCAGUACGACGGCUCCGGCGACUGGUUCAAGGUGCACCAAGAAGGCCUCUGCAACGACAUCUCGCAGAAGGGCCUCGAAGACACCGACUGGUGCACCUGGGACAAGAACCAAGCGUCGUUCAAGAUCCCCGCCGACACCCCCGCCGGCCAGUACCUCGUCCGCGUCGAGCACAUCCCGCUCCACCGCGGCUUCUCCGGCAACGCCGAGUUCUACUUCACCUGCGCCCAGAUCGAAGUCGGUGGCAAUGGUGCUGGGAAGCCCUCGCCGACGGUGAAGAUCCCCGGUGUGUAUAAGCCCGAGGAUGAGAAUAUUGCUUAUAAUAUCUAUGUGCACCCUACUUCUUAUACCCUGCCUGGGCCGGAGGUGUGGAAGGGUGGUGCUGCGGCUGGUGGGGAGAAGAAGGGUAGCCCCAUCCCGCCUGCGUAUACUUGCGCGUGCAGUGCUUAG